AUGGCUCGAAAGCCGACUCGGGCCGCUCUGUCGGACCGGACGUCGCGCCAGGAGCGCCGUCUCUUGUCUUCAGAGUCCAGGUCAAACUCAGAGACUAGUCGCUCCAGAGGUUUGCAGGGAUUGAUUCUAGGGGCUGGAAUCACACUCGCGGUUGGGUUUUACGUCCAGAAAAAUGGCUUACUACGACUGGACAGCAACACCAUUGACCCCGGCGUGAGCGUAAAGCCUACGAAGACAGUCAAACACCAAACUCUCCCUCAGCAUCCGAACGCGUCUCAGUAUGCCUCCAAGGAGGAGGUACAGAUGGCUAUUUCGGAGCUGCGCGAAGCUCUUCCACAGGACGAAGCCGUUACAACGGACCAAGAUACGCUAAAGCUCUACGGCCAUUCCGAAAACUCAUAUCACCCAACGUCACCCCAUUCCGUGGUAGUUCAUGUUCAAAGCACCGACGAGGUUGUGAAGGUUGUGAAUAUCGCCAGGAAGUAUCGAGUGCCUAUUGUUCCUUAUAGCGGAGCUACCAGUUUGGAGGGACACUUCUCCGGGUAUCCUACAGGUGACAUCUGCUUAGACAUGUCGGCAAUGGACAAGAUUCUGGAAAUACACGAGUCCGAUGGCGAUCUCGUUUGCCAGGCUGGCGCGAGAUGGGACGAUAUCAACCACAUCCUGGCUGAAAAAGAAAUCCCACUCUUCUUCCCAUUGGACCCAGGUCCCGGAGCCACAAUAGGUGGGAUGAUUGGCACUGGUUGUUCAGGCACAAAUGCCGUUCGCUACGGAACCGCGAAAAGUGAAUGGUUUCUGAACAUCACUGCUGUCUUGCCCAACGGAAAAGUGAUCAAGACACGCCGGAGAGCGCGCAAGUCAUCCGCAGGCUUUGACCUGACCAAGAUCUUUAUUGGUGCAGAGGGUACCCUGGGCAUCGUUACAGAGGCGACACUCCGCCUGGCACCUGUCGUACCCUCGAAGGUCGCCAUGGCGCAGUUCCCGAAUGUCGAAAAUGCUGUCAGCGCCGUGCAAGAGAUACUGAACACUCCGCACGGGCCGCACAUUCAAUGCGUAGAGUUGCUUGAUGACAACAUGAUGGCUGCAAUCAACUCGGCCGGUCUGGUGUCAAAGUCGUACCCCGUCAGCGACACGCUCUUUUUCAAGCUACAGGGCGACGAGGCGGCGAUAUCGGCGACCGCGCGUGCCGUCCAGGGGAUAGUCGCGCGCCACAGCGGAUCGCGCUUUGUGUUCGCCGAAACGGACGAGGAGGGUGCUGAGCUGUGGGAAAACCGCAAGUACGCGCUGACCAGCACUCUUGCGAGUGUGGAGGGUUCGCGGUGCUGGACCACGGACGUUUGUGUGCCAGUGUCUCGACUUCCUGAGCUUGUGUAUGAGACCAAGAAAGAUCUCGCGCAGUCCAAGCUGCAGUCCACUAUCGUGGGACAUGUCGGAGAUGGCAAUUUUCACGCAUUGAUUCUGUUCAAGAACGAUGACGAGCUCAAGGUGGUCGGCGACGCCGUGCAUCGACUGAUACGCCGUGCGAUAGCUCUGGAUGGAACUUGCACCGGCGAGCACGGUGUCGGAGUCGGGAAGAAGGAAUACCUCAUAGACGAGUUGGGCGAGGGCACCGUCGAGCUCAUGCGCACGAUCAAGAAUGCCGUCGACCCUUUGAAUAUUCUGAACCCGAACAAGUUGUAUCCUGACCUACCCACGAAUGGUGGAAAGAAGUAA